AAACCCAGCGCCCGAGGCUUGCCGAGGCAGCGCCGUGCCGUGCCUCCGGCCCGGGCCGCGUUCCCCGCGCCUGGGGAAAUUCCCUCACGGGCCAGCGGCCGCUCGAGAACGGCAGCCGGGGAACUGCCCGCUCCGCUUCCCGUCCUCGCCACCAAAAAGGCCUGGAUGGCAGCGCGGGUAACCCGCUACAGCCAGGCCUAAAGCCAGCUCUCGGUCCGCUCGCAAGGGAAGCGGACCUGGAGGGACUCGCGAAGGGAAUGGCCGUGGCGGGGUGCACCGGGACCCGCCCGUCCCGCGAGCACCUGCUCGGGGAGCGCCUCUUCCCGCUCGUGCGCCACCUGGGCGGCGGGGCUGGGCUCGGGGGAGCCGGUGGGACGCUCUCCCCGCAGCUCUCUCCGGGCUGCUCGGGAAGCGCGGCCGCGGAUGCCGGGAAAGCGCCGGGAGCGGCAGCGGCGCCAGGGGCGGCCCGGGCGGGGCGGGGCGGGGCGCGGGGGCGGUGCCGCGCGCGGCCGUUGGGAAGUUGCGUCACGGAGGGCGCGCGCGGCUGCGCGAGGGCGGCGGAUUCGAACGGCGGAGGGAGGAGGAGGAAGGAAAGGAAGCAAAGCGGGAGGAGGAGGAUGAUGAGGAUGAAGGGCACGGCGAGCACGGCGUCCCGCAGCACUUUGCGGAAGAUUUUAAAGAAGCACAAGCCGCAGUUACGCCUGGCGACGAACGCCGACCUGCUGGUUCAUUUGAAUUUCUUAUUGUUUCUCCAUCGGCUAGCAGAAGAAGCCAGGACAAAUGCUUUUGAGAACAAAAGUAAAGUAAUAAAACCUGAGCACACCAUAUCUGCAGCAAAGGUUAUUUUAAAGAAAAGCAGAGGCUAGAAAACAGACCACUGGAAUUUUAAAACACAUUUUUCAAUCUUUUCUGACUGACUUGAUUUAUACUGCGAGCCAGCUUUAGCCUUUGUGGAACCAUGUGGUUUUGUUGACAUCUAUCUCCUGACUGACUAUCUUGCUGUUUCUUAAAAAAAAAUUAAAAAAUCUUGGAAUGUAUAUUUUCAUACAUUUCAUGCUAAUUUUAUGUGUGUCACUUGUCACUUAAGUCUUUUGAUGUACUUUUUUUCAUAAUGAUGGAGGAAUGCUUGUACCAUAGAUACCCUUUGGGUACAAUGUGGCAUUUAUUAUUAAAAGUAUGAAACUUCUUAAGGAGAACUGUUGUUAAAAAAAAUAAAAAACAACACAGGUUUCACUGAAUCUAGCAUGAAUUGUGCAGUUCAGAGCAGAUUUACUAGCUAAACAAAAUUAUGGCUUUCAAAACCAUCACUGUAGAAAAAAAGUGUAUUAAAUACCUUGCCUUCAGUUUAUUUAUAAAUGUCUUGAUAAUUUUAAAAUUACUUUGACAAGUACGUUGAAACUUCUGUGUUCUCAGAAAGAAUAUAUAAUUGGUAUUUUAAAUCAUGAUUUGAACUGUGAAGCUGACCUGUUUGAUGUGGUACAUGAGACAACUUGGUGGCCUGUAAUUCGGUUGGUGUGGACAGAUGCACAGGUUAUGGAAAAGGAAAGAUCUGGCACAGCUGAUGUUUUCAAAGUUAGAUCUUGUAAAAAUAACAAAGAUAAGUUGGCAUGAGUGCCAAGCUAUUUCCUUCUCUCUUUUGUGUGUCAUGCUAACUUGUCAAAAGUCUGGAAAUGUACAUUAUAUAAAAAUGUCUUCUUAAAUUAAGGUCAUAUUCUGUUCCUAUUCUGAUAUUUGUAAUAAUUUACUGAACACUUUGCUUAAUAAAUAUAUUAAUGAAAUUAUAGAUGAAUUUUACAGUUUGAGCUGAUAAUGCAGUUUUGUCGAAUAUAUGGUAGCUAAUCCUUGAUAUGUGCAGUGAGCUGCUAUUAAAAUAAAGACUUUUUAAAACUUUUAUGUA